AUGGACUCUUUUACCGGAAACGGCUCAAACCAAGCCACAUCCAACAACAACAACAACCAGCAAAAAGAAGAUUACCUCGACAAGGGCCUUGACGCUGUAGAGAAGAAGUACGGCGGUGCAUCAACUGAAGACACACAAAGGUAUCGGGGUGUGAAUGAGAAGAUUACCGAUGGUGCACGCAACAUGUUUGAAAAGGCGACUGGCAAGGAUGUCCCCGACAAGUUCUCCAACUGA